AUGGAGCAUGCUUCCAAUAAAGACAAGUUGGAGAAAAGCACUGGACUAAAGAUCCUGCAGACAGGAGUGGCAGAGAAAAGUAAAUUGAAGCUAUUGCCUCAUCGCUUGGAGGAAGAAGAUUCUACUAAAUUUAUUAUCCUCACUCUCAUCUCCAUUGCCUCUAUUAUUGGGAUCCUCUCUGGGUCCGGGGUCAUCUACUGCCUGCGCCACCGGUCCCAUCACAAACUCAAGGAGAAGCUCUCAGCCUUGGGAGGUGACAGCAGUACAGAUGCCACCAACACGUACCAGGAGCUUUGCCGUCAGCGGAUGUCUGUCAAGACUUCAGAUCGGCCAGAACCUCUGCACAGUUCCCGUAUUAAUAGCAUCUCAUCGCAGUUCAGUGAUGGACCAAUGGCCAGCCCCACCGCAAGGAGUAGUACAUCCUCCUGGAGUGAGGAGCCUGUCCAGUCAAAUAUGGACAUUUCCACCGGUCACAUGAUACUGUCUUACAUGGAAGAUCACUUGAAGAAUAAGAAUCGCCUUGAGAAAGAGUGGGAGGCCCUGUGUGCAUAUCAAGCUGACCUGACUGGAACAAAUAUAGCACUGAAGGAGGAGAACAAGGCAAAGAACAGAUCUCUAACUGUGGUCGCAUAUGACCACAACAGAAUCAUUCUGAAAGCGGAGAACAGCCACGAUCAUUCGGACUACAUCAAUGCCAGUCCCAUAAUGGACCACGAUCCCCGAAAUCCAGCUUAUAUCGCUUCUCAAGGACCUCUUCCUGCUACUGUGGCUGAUUUCUGGCAGAUGGUAUGGGAGAACGGCUGUGUAGUAAUCGUAAUGCUGACAUCACUGGCGGAGAAUGGAGUCAAGCAGUGCUACCACUACUGGCCAGAUGAAGGCUCUAACCUCUACCAUAUCUAUGAGGUAAAUCUCGUCUCUGAGCAUAUCUGGUGUGAGGAUUUUCUUGUCAGAAGCUUCUAUCUCAAAAAUCUACAGACUAAUGAAACCCGCACUGUCACCCAGUUUAAUUUCCUCAACUGGAAUGACCAUGGCGUUCCGGCUUCAACUCGCUCGCUGUUAGACUUCCGCAGGAAAGUUAACAAGUGUUACAAGGGGCGCUCCUGUCCUGUAAUAGUACAUUGCAGUGACGGCGCAGGGAGAAGUGGGACCUAUAUCCUGAUUGACAUGGUUCUCAAUAAGAUGGCUAAAGGUGCUAAAGAGAUUGAUAUUGCGGCGACUCUGGAGCACUUGAGAGACCAGCGACCAGGCAUGGUGCAGACAAAGGAGCAGUUUGAGUUUGCACUGACAGCCGUGGCGGAAGAAGUGAACGCAAUACUAAAGGCCCUUCCACAAUAAAUGUUCCACAUUCCCAAACAAAUCCAGAGGAUUCUUCUCUCAUCCCCUUCUUCCUUUCAAUCCCUUUAAGCGUUGUUGAAAAUUGUGACCUGGUGUGUAUCAUGUAUAGUACCCACAUAGAAACUUGCGAUCUGCAUUGUCCCCCAGUGGGGAGAUCAUUAAAUCGCAGGAAACCCAGCAAAUGGGUACAAAGAAAACACAGUCAUCCUGGUGAGCAGAUAUCAUUUGGUUUUCCUUCUUCUUCCUGAUCAUCAUUAUUGGAGCAGGACACCAAAUCAGUCUUUUCAUUUUCUCAUUUAUUGGACUUUAUUUAAUAACUUGGUGCAGGAAGUAACAAUCUCCAAAUUCUACAAACAACCACACAGAUAUCUACAUCUAAGA